UUUUCAAAAGACACCACAAGAGUGGCUGGGAUGAGAAUUGCUUCAUGGCCAUUACUAAAACCGUGUCGAUCGCAGACCCCUUAGAACCCCUAUCCAAAUCAUUCCCGAAACCCCAGAAUACAUCACAGAAAGAGCACAUACCCCAUCCGCAAGCUUUCCGCCCAUCCAUCUUCCCCACAAUCUUACGCAGGAACAGCAAGGUACAUCUUAUACAGCUUAGCACGCCUCGGGCGCCUUACCCAACAUCAACACCUUGCAUGUUCGCACAAGGUGGGGGGCCCUAAAGUAUACUCAGUAGCAAACACUAGGGACCCAACGCGCUUCUUCGCCGCAUAGUUAGAAGAAUACGAGGCUUUGCAGAUCUCGUCGC